CCCUUCCGGUGCUUGGAGUGUGGAAAGAGCUUCAGGAAGAGCACCCACCUGCUCCAACACCAGCACUUCCACAAUGGGGAACGGCCCUACCCAUGUGGGGAAUGUGAAAAGAGCUUCAGGCAGUGCUCCAACCUCCGCAAACACCAGCGCAUCCACGCUGGGGAACGGCCCUACCCAUGUGGGGAAUGCAAAAAGAGCUUCAGUAACAGCUCCAACCUCCGCAGACACCAGCUCAUCCACACUAGGAAACGGCCCUACCCAUGUGGGGAAUGCAGGAAAAGCUUCAGCCAGAGCUCCCACCUCCACAGACACCAGCUCAUCCAUACCGGGGAACGACCCUACCAGUGUGGAGAAUGUGGGAAGAGGUUUCAGACCAGCUCCAAUCUCCUCCUGCAUGAGCGGAUUCACACGGAUGAGAGGCCCUUCCGCUGCACCGACUGCAGGAAGGGCUUCCAACAGAACUCCCACCUCUUCAGGCACCGGCGCAUCCACAGCGGGGAGAGGCCGUACAAGUGUGGGGAGUGUGGGAAGAGCUUCACCCACAGCUCUGCCUUGACCAGACACCAACAGACCCACCAGUAAGUGAAGCCCUACCAGUGCCCCACCUGAAGGAAGAGCUUCGGCCACUCCUUCCACCCCGAAUGAACCCCCUGAUGGGGAGGCAACCCCUGGAGUCCAGUGACUGUCACUCCAUCCCUUUCCACCACAAAGGGCCAGUCCCUUUUCACAGAGGCAGGUUUUUCCAACAGAACCCUUCUUGGAGGGGGUGUGUGGAGAUUCCUGCCUUGGCUGGGGACCCCCCAAGAUCACUGCUGGAGGAUGAGAGCACAGAUCUCCCCACCAGCGUUGGUCUGGGGGAGUUCCAUCCAACUCUAAUUAAGAAUUCCUGCUUUUGUUUCAGCUUUAGUAGAAUUGCUUCAACAACUGCUUUAGUGUAGAGCCCUGUCCUAUCUUAUCCUGUACUCCUGGUAGUUUUA